AGGCUGCGGGGAGCCCGCCCGAGUCCAGGCACUCGCGCGCAUUCGUGGGGGGCUGAGCCCCGACCCGAGCAGGGGCCCCCCCGGAGCCCGUGGCCUUGCGCGGCCUGCGUCGCCUCGGCUCAUCCCGCACUGUGCGGAGACCACGGCGCCGCUCGUCAACCGCGGCCUGACAGUCCGGCCACCCCCAGGACAGCCAGCGUGGGCCGCGGGCACCAGCAGAGGGACCUAGGAGUCGUUGGAGCUGGGAGGAAAGGACAGUCCCCUAGAGGAAAAGCAGGCCGCACGGCUGAGGAGGAGGGAUGCCCGGGAAAGACACCGGCGCCUGAUUUUCUGUGCUGGGUGAUGACCCGACCCCCUUGGGAAAAGGUUACAGCUGGAGCCUGGAUCGGGGCUGUCAUGUCCAGAGGAAGCCGCUCUUUUACGAAGUCACACGAUGAGCCCGCAGCCCAGAGACGGCUCAGUGACGAAGUCAGCACCGGCUCACUGUUCCAAACUUUCUGAAGGCAGGCUGCACCUGGCUGAGCUAAUGCUUUCUCCCUACCCCAGCAGGAGCAGCUUCCUAGCAAAUUCUUGCCUCUGCCUGCUGUUCUGCCAUCUGAGCACGACCGUGCCACCCUCCAGGCCAUGGAGAAUGAGCUGCCAGCCCCACCCACAUCCAGCGGUGCCAGCGUCAGCAGCGGUCCCAACAGGGGCGGCGGCAGCGGCUGCAGCAGCAGCAGCGGUGGAGGUGGCCGGCCCGCUGGGCCCCAGAUUUCCGUGUACAGUGGCAUUCCCGACCGGCAGACCGUGCAGGUGAUCCAGCAGGCGCUGCACCGGCCCAGCACGGCGGCACAGUACCUGCAGCAGAUGUACGCCGCGCAGCAGCAGCACCUCAUGCUGCAGACAGCCGCCCUGCAGCAGCAGCACCUGGGCAGCACCCAGCUCCAGAGCCUGGCCGCUGUGCAGCAGGCCAGCCUGGUGGCCAGCAGGCCAGGGAGUGCCGCGAGCAGCAGCGUGUCCGCACAGGCCCCCGCCCAGCCGUCCUCGAUCAAUCUGGCAGCCUCCCCCGCAGCAGCCCAGCUCAUCAACCGGGCUCAGAGUGUGAACUCAGCCGCAGCCUCGGGCAUCGCCCAGCAGGCCGUGCUCCUGGGCAACGCGUCUUCUCCAGCCCUGACCGCCAGCCAGGCACAGAUGUACCUGAGGGCACAGAUGGCCCAGCCAGGUGACCUGGUGCAGGUAGCUAGGAGCCUAGGAGGCACUGUUCCUUUGUCCCCUCAGCUCAUCUUUACACCCACGGCCACCGUCGCCACCGUGCAGCCCGAACUCGCCACUGGCUCCCCUGCCCGGCCCCCCACUCCUGCCCAGGUGCAGAACUUGACCCUCCGAACACAGCAGACACCAGCCGCAGCGGCCUCGGGCUCAGCUGCCACUCAGCCUGCCCUGACCAGCCUGGCCCUGAAAGCCCCGCCUGGCAGCAGCCAGCCACUGCCUACCCCACCUCAGGGCAGAAACACUGCUCAGGGUUCCCCCGCGGGUGCCAAGACGGCCGUGAGUGACAGUGUGACAGAGCCACUCAAGAAAGCGGAUGGCAGCAGCGGCGUGCCAGGGAGCACCGAGGGCCGCGCAGGGCUGACCCGAGUGGUUCCUGCUGUGGCCACCCACCCGCUUGCUGCACCAGCUUAUGCUCAACUGCAGCCACACCAGCUCCUCCCACAGCCAUCCUCAAAGCACCUGCAGCCCCAGUUUGCGAUCCAGCAGCCCCCCCCGCCACAGAGCCAGCAGUCACGGCCUGUGGUCCAGGCCCAGCCCCAGCCCCAGCUCGCCUCCGUCCUGCCGAGCUCGGCCCUGCAGCCCAGCUCGGAAGCCCCUGCCAUGCCGCUGGGCCCAGUUACACCCACUCUGCCGCUCCAGUGCCCCGCCGCCAGCCUGCACAGGCCUGGCAGCAGCCAGCAGUGCCACCCUCCCACAUCAGAGGCCGGGCCGCAGAAUGGACCACCGGAGGCCCUGCCCCACACCCCUCAGCGCAGGUUCCAGCACGCCUCCACUGUCAUCUUACAGCUGCAGCCCACUUCGCCAGUGCCCCAGCAGGGCACCCCCGAUGACUGGAAGGAAGUGGUGCCUGGGGAGAAGAGUGUACCUGAGGCUCCGUCUGGCCCGUCACCACAUCAGCAAGCCAUUGUCACCGCAAUGCCAGGUGGCCUGCUUGUACCCAAGAGCCCCAACGUGCAGCAGCCCCCGGCUCACGAGACAGGGCAGGGCAUUGUUCAUGCACUGACCGACCUCAGCUGCCCCGGCAUGACCUCAGGGAACGGAAACUCUGCCUCCAGCAUCGCCGGCACUGCCCCCCAGAAUGGUGAGAAUAAACCACCACAGGCCAUUGUGAAACCCCAAAUCCUGACGCAUGUUAUCGAAGGGUUUGUGAUCCAGGAGGGGGCGGAGCCUUUCCCGGUAGGACGCUCAUCCCUGCUGGUGGGGAAUCUCAAGAAGAAGUAUGCACAGGGGUUCUUGCCUGAGAAGCUCCCGCAGCAGGACCACACCACCACCACGGACUCGGAGAUGGAGGAGCCCUAUCUGCAGGAAUCCAAAGAAGAGGGCACUCCCCUCAAACUCAAGUGUGAGCUCUGUGGCCGGGUGGACUUUGCCUACAAGUUUAAGCGAUCCAAGCGCUUCUGUUCCAUGGCGUGUGCAAAGAGGUACAACGUGGGAUGCACCAAAAGGGUGGGGCUCUUCCACUCGGACCGGAGCAAGCUGCAGAAGGCAGGAACUGCGACCCACAACCGCCGGAGGGCCAGCAAACCCAGUCUGCCACCACUCUCCAAGGACACCAAGAAGCAGCCAACAGGCGCCGUUCCCCUCUCUGUCACCGCCGCCCUGCAGCUGACGCACAGCCAGGAAGACUCCAGCCGCUGCUCAGAUAACUCCAGCUAUGAGGAGCCCCUGUCACCCAUCUCUGCCAGUUCAUCCACCUCCCGCCGGCGACAAGGCCAGCGGGACCUGGAGCUCCCUGACAUGCACAUGCGGGACCUCGUGGGCAUAGGACACCACUUCCUGCCGAGUGAGCCCACCAAGUGGAACGUCGAGGACGUCUACGAGUUCAUCCGCUCCCUGCCAGGCUGCCAGGAGAUCGCAGAGGAAUUCCGUGCCCAGGAGAUCGACGGGCAGGCCCUGCUGCUGCUCAAGGAGGACCACCUGAUGAGCGCCAUGAACAUCAAGCUGGGGCCCGCCCUGAAGAUCUACGCACGCAUCAGCAUGCUCAAGGACUCCUAGGGCCGUCCAAGGGGCCCAGACGUGGCCGGUCUGGAAAGGAGCUCUCCCCGGGCAUGGCUGGUGAGCCGGUCCAGCACCUCUCAGUGGCUCUCAGGGGCCUUUCACUUCCGUGGGGGGCAGAGGCAGGUGGCACAGAAGAUGGGGCUUGACGCUUGUAAAUACUGACAGCACUGGCUUCCUCCAAAGUCCCACUACUAUAGCCCCGCUCUCUCCCCGCUCUGCCCCCCAUUUUCCAGGGGGCAUCUGGUCAGGGCUCCCCAACUGGAGUUGGGUUACUUCCAAGGGCAGCCGGCAGGCCUGGGGAGAGGCCUUGACAGCCCUCGCCUUCCUCCCAGUUCCUUCCCCAGGCCUGGUUAGCUCUUCCGUUGCCAGCUUCUCCCCCUUCAGCCUGUCUCUGCAGCCGCCGGUUUGUUCCGGUGGGGAGAGGGGCUGGGCCCAGUGUGGCCACGCCUGCUGGCACAGACGCCUUAACGCUGUGUGUGUGACUGUGUGACUGUGGGAGCCUGGACCCGCAAACAGGCCAGGCGCCGGCCUCUGGCAUGGCCAGGGGUUUUGUAGCAAACAGCCACUUAGUGCUUUGUCCUGGACUCCACCCGCCCUUGGGUGGGAACAGAGCAGAAGGGCAGCUCGGACAGGCUGGAGAGGGGACACCUGCUGAGGGAUUUUCCUCUCCAGACUUGCCCAGGCAUCCCGGACACCCCUCCCCACACCACGAGGUUCCCCGACUGCCCUGCCACCUCGCCAGAGGGCUGAGCCACCUGGGAGCCCCCGGGGAGCCUGAGGAUUUGGGGGGGAGGACAGUCCCCCGAGCUCCCGCCCAGGCGAGCAGCCGCCUUUGCCCUCCCACUCCGCUCUUGCUCUAAAACGCCCUAGCAGCAGUGUGAGCUGCCUGAGGAGGGCGCCCGCCUGCUCUGACCCACCCCGCCCUGUGGGAUCCCGGGAGAGUGGGCGUGUUUCUCAGCUCGUUCUGUUCCUCACCUGUACCCCCAGGCAGGGUUGGAAAUGAAGGACUUUUUUAACCUUUUGUUUUUUAAAAAUAAAUCUGUAAAACCGCU